AUGUUGCUCUUCGACGCAGGAAGCUUACCCGUCGACAUUCUGCCCCUCAUCUUCGAGCACCUGGACGAUCGACGCGAUCUUCACACCUGCGCGCAGCUCUCAAAGAGCUUCAACGCAGCUGCAACGCCAAUUCUAUAUCGGUCGCUAGAUACCCGUAUCAUCAAGGCACCAUUGAGCCCGGGACGUCAGCGACCUGUGAUCAUCCAUCCUGCGCGGACGCUCCUGCAGAAGCCAGCAUAUGCGAAAUAUGUACGCUAUGUACGAGAGACAGGUGCAAUAUACUAUAGUGGGGCCGAGCUAUUAAGGGAAUGUUACGAGGCACUACGCCUGUGCACGAACAUCGAAGGCAUCACCUGGAGCGACGACAGGGCUAACGGCGCGAACAACGAUCAGAUUCUGCUCGGGUACAUUAACAUCCUUCGACAGCACAACCUCAAAGAGCUUACAAUCCGCACGUACCUCACCCUUAGCGAGGAUGUCUGGGCAGAACUCAGCCACUUAAAAGGCCUGCACAAGGUUGCGCUCUGGGUCAUGGACGGUCCGCCGCGCAUCCUGCAAGGCUGGUCGGAGAAGCUGGGCAAAACCCUCACGCAUCUCGAACUCGGACGCUGCGCAGGCGUGCCUGCGUCGAUCCUCGUACACGUGAUAUCAUCUCUCCCACUGAUGCAGGCCCUGCGACUCAAGGGCGCGCAAACCAGCGCGAUUCUCGAGAUAUUGACGGUUCUACCGCAUCUGGUGUUUUUGGACACAGAAUACUUCGGAUCUGGCGUAUCCCGCUACGUCGACGUGCCCGUUGCGUCGCUGCGCGAACUCACAGUGCGCACGAGCUCGGUUGACGUACAGGGCCCGCAGCACCUGUGGACGUGGAUCAAGCAGCUACUCCCGCGCCCCUCGCUCGUGUCGUUCACGCUCAACGCAUUUUCGACUGCCGGUGAUGCGACCAUGCCGCGGCACUUCCUCUUGGAUCUGGCACACACGCACAGGGACACUCUCAAGCAUUUCAACGCGGACUCGGCAUCGCUGACGCUGGAGGACAUCGAGUGCCUGUGCACAUUAUUCCCGGGUCUGGAGUCACUUUCUUGCUCGGUUGCUCUAUGUCAUGAUCCCCGCCAAAUCGAAGAUGCCACUACCAACGGCCAUAAUCUCCGGCAGCUGCGAUUGUACACAACCUGGGUGCCCACACGGUAUGGCACAGAAGAGAUCACGAUACCCUUCGAGAUUGAACACGCCAAGAACAUGAUGCUGCGGAAGGGCUCGCGCCUGAGGAUCAUCGGUAUCGGUAGAGUGGUGUAUACCCGACAAUGGACGAAGUCGAGGUCGCAAGAUGGACUGGAGCUCGAAGUCGUCCGCGAUGUUCUGGAAGAUUCAUGA